AUGCUGAACAGCUGGCCUAACGGCCACUUUGAGUCCCAGGUGUUGUGCGAGGUGGACGGCAAGGGCAAGAGGGCGUGGGUGAACCCGGUCUACAUCGGCUCGCCCCAGCGCCCACGCGUCAACAUCAGCACCGUGUAUGAUCCGAGGCUCCACCCGGAGAACCCCUACAAUGGCAUGGACAGCCUUGGGGGUCCACGGUCACCCCAGAAAGAUGCCAAAGGUGUCAAGAAUCCUGAGAAGAAGAAGAAGAAGCCAUCGGGAUGCUGCUCGUACAUCUGCAGAGGAAUACGAGGGCUGUGGGGCACCGCGCUGACGGAGGACACAGGAGGGAACCGCGAGCUCUACGUGAAGACGAGUCUGAGGGAGCUGUUUGUCUACAUCCUCUUCCUGAUGGACAUGUGCUUUUUGACGUACGGCAUGACCAGCUCCAGCGCCUACUACUAUACGAACGCCAUGACGAAUCUGUUCACCAACACUCCGAGCAGCAGCGGAAUUACAUUUCAGUCCAUCGGCUGCAUGGCUGACUUCUGGAGCUAUGCCCAGGGCCCCUUGCUGGAUGGUCUCUACUGGACAACAUGGUACAAUAACCAAUCAAUGGAGACCAGUCCUCAGUCCUUCAUCUACUACGAGAAUCUGCUUUUGGGAGUGCCCAGGGUUCGACAACUUAAAGUGAAGCAUAACUCCUGCACGAUUCCCAAAGACUUCCAGACGGAGAUCGCAGACUGCUUCGACGUCUAUUCUGAGCCCAAAGAGGACAACCUUCCCUUUGGCCUCAUCAACGGAACAGCGUGGACUUACCACACAGAGAAGGAGCUGCAGGGGUCUUCUACCUGGGGGCUCCUGGCCACGUACAGUGGAGCAGGUUACUACCAGGAUCUCCGUCUGACAAAAACGAAGAGUGCAGAGGUUCUCCAGGAAUUAAUGGACAACCUCUGGCUGGACCGUGGAACCAGAGCUCUGUUCAUAGACUUUUCUGUCUACAAUGCCAAUGUGAACCUGUUCUGUGUCACCAGCCUUCUGGUGGAGUUUCCAGCCACUGGCGGUGCACUGACGUCCUACCAGAUCAGGACAGUGAAGCUGAUUCGCUACGUCAACAACUGGGAUGCCUUCAUCAUGGGAUGUGAAAUUGUGUUUUGUAUUUUCAUCUUCUACUACGUGGUGGAGGAGAUUUUAGAGCUGCGCAUCCACAAGUGGUCCUACUUCAACAGCAUCUGGAACAUCCUAGACCUGGUUGUCAUUCUGCUUGCCAUGGUUGCCAUAGUAUUUAAUGUGUUUCGGACCAUCAAAGUGGAUAAUUUACUCGGGAAGCUUUUGCACCAGCCAGAAAUAUAUGCAGACUUUCGGUUUCUCGCUUUCUGGCAGACUCAGUACAACAACAUGAACGCUGUCAAUUUGUUCUUUGCAUGGAUCAAGAUAUUCAAGUACAUCAGUUUCAAUAAGACCAUGACCCAGCUGUCCUCCACGCUGGCUCGAUGUGCCAAGGACAUCCUUGGCUUUGCCAUUAUGUUCUUUAUCGUGUUCUUUGCUUACGCUCAGCUGGGAUACCUGCUCUUUGGGACGCAAGUGCAGACCUUCAGCAGCUUUGUUAAUUGCAUAUUUACUCAGUUCAGAAUUAUCCUGGGAGAUUUUGACUUUGAUAGCAUUGAUCAAGCCAACCGAGUCCUGGGCCCAAUCUACUUUGUCACCUACGUCUUCUUUGUCUUCUUUGUUUUGCUAAACAUGUUUCUGGCAAUUAUUAAUGACACAUAUUCUGAGGUUAAAGAAGAGCUGUCAAAACAGAAGGAUGACCUUCAACUCGCUGACAUACUAAAACAGAGUUACUUGAAGACCUUCACAAAACUUAAGCUUAAAAAGGAAAAGAUCUCAGAUGUACAAAAGGCCUUGCAGUCUGGAUCAAAGGAACUGGAGUUUGAGGACUUCAGGGAGAGCCUAAAGGAAAUGGGACACGCGGACCAUGAGAUUUCAGCCACCUUCUCCAGAUUCGACCAGGAUGGAAACCACGUUCUAGACGAAGAGGAGCAGAACAGGAUGAAAAAAGAGCUAGAAGAGAAACGGGAUGCUUUAAGUGCCGAGCUCAAAAACCUUGGGCAAAGCUAUGGCGGCAACACCCUUGACCAGUCCAUGGAGCUCACAGAUAUGAAGAAGAGCAAUGGAGGAAAGGUCACCACUGUGUCCCACGAAGAGUUUCAGACGUUGGUUGCGCAGGUUCUGCAGCUGGAGCGGUCAAUGGCCACUGUUACAUCCAACAUCAACACCAUCAUGGGGAAACUGGAAUGGCAAGACAGGAACAGAAUCAAAAGCUUAGGGACAAUGGACAAACAGGCUGAGGACAUAUGUCAGGAUAACAGAACUUCUCCGGAUGGGAGUUUCUUGGUAAACAGGGAAGUGGCAGCCAAGGAGGAGAUGAGAGCUGCCAUGGCCCUGGAGAAAGCUUUCUCCAGAGAGAGUGAGAAAGGAAUAAAUCGCCAGUUUCUUCAAACAGAGUGGCCGAGAGUGAGAGGGAUCAUCAACACCAGUGGCCCCCCAAAGAGCAACCUAUAAACAGUGUUUACUUGUCAAAAUGUGCCUCUCCUUUCUGACUGCUGCAACCUCAGAAAAAUCUCUAACCAUACACCUGGUUUAAUUUUGAAAAAAUUAUGUUAUUCUAUUAUUAUAGACAUCACAUUAAUAGUAGGUUCACCAUGAAGGGUUAAACCGACUUCAAGCAUAUAUUUCAUUUGUAAUAUUAGAUCCAGACAUACUCUGAUUUUACUCCCCAUCAUUCUAA